UUCUCGGUCCUCCAUUUAAGCUCCACACCUACAACUUCUCUCUCCCUGUCUCUCUCCUGCCUCCAUUGGGCAAAGCGCUGCCAGGCCGCGUGGCUAGCCCCGUGGUGUGUGCGCCGGUGAGAGGCAUAGAGGGAUGAUGUCGAGGGAACGCAAGAAGCAGGCGGCAGCCGUUCUUCAGGAGAAGCUGAAGAUCCUCCGCUCCAUCACCCACUCCCACGCUCUGAGCGACGCAUCCAUAAUCAUGGACGCGUCGGCGUACAUCAAGGAGCUGAAGCAGAAGGUGGUGAGGCUGAACCAGGAGAUCGCCUGCGCGCAGCAGGACGCGCUGAGACACGGCUCCUCCUACCCGACGGUGACCGUGGAAACCCUAGUGGGCGGGCACGGCGGGUUCCUCAUCAACGUCUUCUCCGACAAGAGCUGCCCGGGGCUGCUCGUCUCCGUGCUCGAGGCCUUCGACGAGCUGGGGCUCAGCGUCCUCCAGGCCACCGCGUCCUGCGCCGACGACUCCUUCCGCCUCGAGGCCGUGGGUGGGGAGAACGUGGCGGAGAACGUGGACGAGCACGUCGUGAAGCAGGCCGUGCUGCAGGCCAUCAGGAGCUGCUCCGAGGGCGGCAGCGAGCACGACGACGAGGAGUAGGCGGAGCUAUAGCUAGCGCGUAGCGCACACGCCGCCUCGUCGCCCUCCCGUCCUGAAGAUGAGCGUCUCAUGAAGCCGGGAUCGCUUUGCCCGCCCCGUUUCCCUGCUUCCCACUCUACCAGCUGUAUUUUUUGGCUUCUACGUUUCGCUGGCGAAACGAGUAGUAGCUAGCUCCCUAUCUACUAGUGCUGAUGGUCUCGGUGAAUAAUCCGUAGCAGCAGCACCAUUUCCAUCCUGUGUGAUAUAGUAUUAAUUAGCGCCUUAAUUAUUUAUAUUAUAAAUCUGCCUGUGACGACAAUAAGAUGAUCGAUCAGGCAUGUAAGAAUGGUGGGAGGUUGGAAGCAAAGCUGAACGGAGCUAGCAUUCGACCGCCCUUCUUCCAUAGUAUUAGUAUGUAUUAAUUUGAUGCAGGCUGCUGUAUGUCCAUGCGUAUGCAUGUCCUCCCUGGCCUCUGCUGAACAAUAGAUCAGCAUCACGAGAGAGAAAAAAUCAGUAUCCAAUGGACUUGUAAAAUACACUGAUCGUUCAUGAAAGGCAUGCAGCUGCUAA